AUGAAAAUUGCUACGCCGACAUUUUGGAUGGUAACUAUUGUGAUCUUCUUCAUUAACUGUGUUGAUCAAAUGAACGCUUCACAUUCAUUUCCUGGUUUACAGCAAAGCAGAAAGAUGGACUGUCAUUCGUCUUGCGACCAAUUUUUAUACAACCCAUUACGUAAAAAUCGGUAUAAGUAUACAAAAUGUUUGAAAAGAUGUUGA